AGAGAAGAAGCGACGCCCCGCUUUGCCACUGCAAAGGAUCAAAAGCCCCCUCACUUCACCACGACCCCAGUUCUGUUCUCAUGGAAAUCAGAGCGCACACUUUCAGCGGAGCCGCAAAGUUGAAGCGCAUUCUCAACCGGGACAACAUACGGUGAUGAUGAAGGAUUCAAAGAGCUAAUCGUGUGAUCAAUACUCUUGCAGCCUACGUGCUUUUACUUUUUGGAAAAUUGCAGAGUUCUUUGCAACAUGCUGGACUUGGCGCGGUGCUUUUUCUUUUGCGCGCUUCUUGCGUCCGUUUACGCGGCGUGUCCUUCGCGUUGCGAGUGCUCCGAGGCAGCUCACACCGUGAAGUGUGUCUCCAAAGAUCUCAGGAGUAUCCCGACAGGCAUCCCGGGCUACACGAGGAAUCUGUUCAUCACAGGCAAUCAGAUCGGCCGAAUUGGACCUGAGUGUUUUAUUGGUCUGGAGAAUGUCACAACGCUUUCAUUGAGCAAUAACAGAAUCUCCGAGGUUGAAUCCCAAACCUUCUCAAGACUCCGCAGCCUGCGCUCUUUGGACCUGAGCAACAACCAGCUGGCUGUCAUCCACCCCGAGGCCUUCACCGUCCAGAACCAGUCUCUGCGGGAGCUCAACCUCAGCCGGGCUCUCUACAACCACUCCUCUGUCAUGGACCUGGCCACCUCUCUGCGUUGGAGCUCGCUGGGUGCUCUGCAAGUGUUGGACCUAUCCCACAACAGCCUCAUUCUACUCCCCGCUCGCAUCUUCUCCCACCUGACCAACUUGCGCCGUCUGCAGCUGUCCAACAACUCUCUGGUAGCCAUCCACAACUCCACAUUCCAGGGUUUGGAGAGGCUUGAGGAACUUGAUUUGUCCCUCAACGCUCUUAAAACCGUCCCGGAGGAGGGUGUAAGGGAGUUGGACAACAUCCCGGGAACAACGCUGGUGCUUGGGGACAAUCCAUUUAUGUGCAAGUGCGGGAUUGAACCCUUCACUUUGUGGGUCAAUAAAUCACAAGCGCGCAUUCGGGACGUCGAUGGACUUGUGUGUGCGUUCCCAGUCAGUAUGAGGAAUACGUCUCUGCUAGAGGCGGGGAAGCUAACUCUAGGGUGUCACCAGAGAGAUGCAGGGGGAGAUUUGGCGCUGCAGACUUCAUAUGUGUUUUUGGGACUCGUCUUAGGCUUAAUCGGACUCAUAUUUCUUUUCGUUCUUUACCUAAAUCGAAAGGGAAUCAAGAAGAGGAUCUAUGAUAUGCGGGAUGCGUGCAGGGAGGUGUGGGAGGGCUACCACUACCGCUUUGAGAUAGAGUCCGACCCGAGACUAUCGCAGGUGUCCACAGCUGCUGAUGUGUGACAAAGACUUUUUAUAAUGCAUUUUAUCGCCAUCAAAUGUAAAAAGUGUACAGUGUAAAUACAUAUACUAUUUGAUAUACGCAUGCGCUGUUAAGUGUUACUUUACUCAAACGUUCAACAAGGAACAGGUCAAUUUGAUGCUGUACCUUUAAGACAUUUCUACAUUAUCCAAGGGAGUGGAAAUAAAGGCAACAAGUUGGGUUUUAUAUCAAAUAUUUAAAACUAUUGAAAAUGUAUUGUCAUUCAAGACUAGUCAGCCCUUUAGUGCUGCAAGAACAGUUUUUAUAAUACACAAACAACGUCAAUUUUAGUGCAGGGUAACUUAUGAAGACAAGCAUAGUUUCUUUCCUAAUCAAGUUAUACCACAUAAGACACAACUGAAUGGUAAUAGUUGUACCAUACCAAAUGAAAUGUGUCUUUUGUAUGCAAGAACUUUUCCUAUUUCUGUGAAUGUUAUCUCAUUAAUAGUGACAACCCAUGCCAACACCCUUACAGGUUCCCUUGUAUGACUUUCAGACCUCUUUCUAAAUGCAAACACACGUUUUAUAGUAAACCAGCAGAAGUGCCUGAACUGACAGCAGUAAACUGAACUCAUUUUCUCCAAUGGCACGCUGAUUUAUAGUCCCACUUUUGGUAUUGUUCUCAUAUUUAACCAAUACAAAGGCGUCAAAGGGCUGCAAUAAAUUCCUGACGCUCCGAAAACAAACCUGCGGGAAUUCUAAGCACAAUCACUCAUUUAUCUUUAAACCAUCUCGCGCUCUUUGGUACCCAGCCUCUAAACCGCGGGGUGCCAGAUUGGAAUUAAGUCCUCUAAAGAAAACUCUAAAAACCUCACGGCCUCACUGCUAUUUUGGCUGGUGGACAGGACGAGGGGACAAUCUGAGACAGCGGAAAUCUGCAAGCCCCCUCUACUUUUUUUUUUUUUUUCAUGAAACGUUGCUUUGUUUCAACUGCUGGGUUUUUAUUGUCAGAAUGAUGAGAACCAGAGACCGCUGAAAGCAAUCUCCCUCCUCCUCCUCAAAGACAACAGCCGCUCUGGUAAAGGCACUUUGAAGAAACGCCUGGCCUCUCCACGUUUUUCUGUUUAAGAGGAUUUUUUUCUCCCCUCCCAAUGAUAAGAUACAGAUGAUUCCGAAACACCAGCGACAUUGUUUCAUUUGGCGGUUUGAAAAGCACUGUUCAUAAAAGUGCACAUGACGACAACUAUUUCUGCGGUGACCUUUUUGAUGUGACAGCGCGUGGGGAGGAGGUGGCUGGAGCUGUUCCACAUGUUUAUUGCCCAAAGUAGUAAUUCUUCAGCUGGAGGCGCAUCCUUUUAUACAAACCCAAAGUUGCAUCUUCUCCUUAUCAAGGCUCCUCUGAUGGCAAUCCAGAACUGUUUAUAAAGCACAUUUACUGCAUGUACGGGUGAAAUAAAUGUUCAGAAAG